GUGAGGGUGAAUGAAUAUCUUAAUAUUCUUUUUGCGAGUGAGGGUGAAUGAAUAUCUUAAUAUUCUUUUUUUUGUUUUUGGUAGAAUAUUCUAUUUGCAUAUCAACAAACAACCCCUUCAAACUCUCUCAUCACUCUUACUCUAUUGCUCAUCACUCUCUCCCUCUUAAACAGGUAUGUAAUCUUGCUAUUGCUAUACAAUCCUUCCCUAUUUUAGGUUGAUUCUAGUCUUUAGUUAUUUUGAAUCUUCUGCAUUUUCUUAUGCAGAAACAAAAUCAUGUACCUUGUGUUUGUUUAUUUGUUCCAAAUCUUGUUUAUUAAACCCUUGUCAUUUUGAUUAUGAUUGUUUGUCUGAUAUACUAUUACUAGUUCCAUUUUAUUCAACCCUCUGUCAAAGUUUUCUUAUCUAUUAUUUAUAUUAUGAUGAUUAUUUUACUAACUGUUACACAUUAUGUGAUGGUAUGUGAUGGGUAUGUGUAAAAAUCCUCUACUUUAAAGAUGGAACACAAGGUUUAUUUCGAAAUGGGUGACUCAAUUACUGAUAAGGUGUUUGAAGCAACGUGGAACUCGCUAGAAGCAGCUGUGAAGAUUGUUCCGAUCCAGAGUGAAAAGGCAAAUAUUGAAAUUAAAGCAUAUCAACAUUUGAACGACGUGCCAAGAGUCGUUCGAUGUUUUGACCAUCUCAAGGAUGAAAAUCACCAUUACAUCUUCUUGCAACGAGCCAAAUGUAAUUUGCGGGAAUUGAUAAACGCUUGUAAAAAAAAAGGUGUAUUUGAUCAUCAGAAUGAAAACUGUAGAGAUUUUUUGAAAAAAGCUUCAAAGGAUUAUCGUCUGUGGCACACACCUGAUCGUCAUGAAAAAAUAAGAGUAAAAGGGGCCCCGGAUCAACAAUCGGCAAGUCCUGAUUUGCUUACACUAAUACGGGAUAUAAUCGAUGGCGUGACAGACCUUCAAAAGAAGAAGAUAAGACAUGAGAAUCUCACUCCGGAUAAUAUUUUAAUAUUUGAGGAGAUUAAUGAGCCGCCCUAUAAAAACCGUCUUCGUGCAAAAAUCUCUAAUCUAGGUUCUUCAUCUCCGUCAUCCGAUAACCUUGUGCUUGAUACCAGCACCGCGGGCUGGAGGACGCCCGAAGAAAUCAAACAGAAACUUACAGAUGAAAAAUCCGAUUUAUUUGGAUUAGGAUUAGUAAUCUGUUUUUGCUUGACAGCAUCGCAUGCUUUUGGAAAUGAUGAAAAUGUUCGACAUAAUAUUAUGGAUACUUCAGUUACAAGCCGUCUUUCACCUGUGGAUAAAGAUUUUAUCACUGGAUUAUUAAAAGCUUUACCAGAUGACAGGUCAGUUGCUUCCUCAUUAUUAUUGCAUCCCACAUUUUGGGAUGAUACAACUAAAGCCUGGUUUAUAUGGGAGAUUAAUGAUCUGUUGCAUCGUUUAGAUUGGGCUGAGUUCAAUCAAUUUAAUUUGAAGAAACAGUUGAUUUUUAACGGUUACCAAAAAUGGGAUUGUUUUAUUGACCACGAAGUUCUGAUGUGCUAUACUAAGGAUUUCAAAAAUGACUAUAAUGAAUACUCGUUGCAAUCUUUAGUAAAGAUGUUUAGGAACAUAUGUGCGCAUCUCAAUGAAUAUGAGGCUCUUGGUUUGUGUGUGUCAACAAGAGGAAAGAUUUUUGUUGGAAAAUCGAAGGCAUCAGUGUAUCGUUCCCUGAUCGAGUACAGGUUUCCUCGUCUUCUGAUUGAAGCAUAUAAUCAUGUUAAACUACAUCGGCAAACAGAUGAACCAUUCGAAUGGUUAUUUCCAAAAUGACAUGGUAGUUUUCGGUUGAGUUUAGGAAGCGUAGGUGAUAGGUGGAGAAUAUUCUUAAAAAUUAAUUCAUAGGAGCAGAGAGAAAAUAGUGGAAGAGGAAAGAAUCAGGAAAAUUAAUUUGAUCUCUUGUGCUGACAAGUUGGUUGUAGGGUUUUUCUUUCUAGUUUGCCAAAUGUAAUUGUGUAUUUGUUAACUUAGCUGGCUAGGAAUGUAUGUUCCAAAUCAUGGGUGGGCUGCGCCCUUGGCCCAGUGGCAAAGGUUGUUUGUAUUGAAUUCUGUUUCUAAUGAAAUUUCCAGCUGAAGCUUAUUUGUAUCCAAA